AUGAUCUGGAGCCCCUGUGCCUGGGAGCCGAGUGUUGGUGGUGACCACAGCCUGGGGACCUGUUCCCCAACGCUGGCUGUGCCAAGUCCCCCGAUGCCCACCCCAACUAUUUAUUUCUUUUCGUGUGCCAGUGUGAAUAUAUGGGUUUUUCUUGGAAAUGCUUUGCACCAUCCAUUAGAUGUGUUACUAGCCAAAAUUAAAGACUCAAAACAUUCCUUUGCUGCCGAGUAUUCAGAUGCUGUUUCUUCCAAAAGCAUACUUGUUCCUCUUAAUGAGAAUGGAACUCAUCAAGUACUUCAGAAUAAUGAAGGUGUGGCAGCCACUGAGAAGCCUCAACCACUGGAGUCUGAGAAAGGAAAUACUUCCUCUCCAUUCCCUUACUUCUCUGUCCCAUACUGCACAGGUGAUGAAUGUAGCGUGCCCUCUAAAAAAGGAACAAAUCAGGAAAAGAUUAUGAACCUUUAUUAUAUGCAUGUCCAAAAGAGAAAAGGUAUGGCUAUCUUAGGGCUUAAAGAGGAAGUAUUAGAGUCUCCUAAAAAGAAGCCAAGAAUGGAAGAAUUUUUCAUUCUUGAGAUUAACACAGAAUCAGACCUUCCUAAAGUUGUGCCUGAUACUAGCGCUCUCGUAAACCAAAGUGCAUAUAGUUUGGGCUUGGGAAUCCAAGAAGAAAGGGAGAAGAACAUUAUAAAUCCAGCAGAAACCCUGGCUUUGGAAGUCAAUCCCAGCUGUCUACUUACCACAGACUGCUUUCAAAUGCAUGACUUGUUACUGGGUCUUCCCCAGUCUAAAAGUUCUUAA